CCUAGAGUGGUAUGGGCUUGCCGGAUUUCUCAACUGGAUGUGGAUCCUAGCUAAUUUAUUUGGUAAAACCUAGUAGAACUUACUUUACUUUUCAGUGUAUUUGUCAGUAAGAAGUAUAAUUUAAAACUAUGGCGUCGUCUGAUGUUGCUCGACAAUUGCAGGACAAAAAUGCACGACCUCUGUCUUUGUCGGGACAUGUUGGUUUUGACAGCUUGCCUGAUCAACUGGUCAACAAAUCAACCAACCAGGGUUUCUGUUUCAACAUCCUCUGCAUUGGUGAAACGGGUAUUGGCAAGUCGACCCUGAUGGACACCCUGUUCAACACCAACUUUGAGAACUUUGAGUCCUCUCACUUCGAGCCAAAGGUGAAACUCCGGGCCCAGACGUAUGACCUUCAGGAGAGUAACGUUCGGCUAAAGCUCACGAUCGUUAAUACCGUGGGCUUUGGUGACCAGAUGAACAAACAGGAAAGCUACCAGCACGUGGUGGACUAUAUCGACACCCAGUUCGAGUCGUACCUGCAGGAGGAGCUGAAGAUAAAGCGGUCGCUCCACAACUACCACGACUCCCGCAUCCAUGCCUGCCUCUACUUCAUCGCCCCCUCCGGACACUCGCUCAAGUCCCUGGACCUGGUCACCAUGAAGAAGCUGGACAGCAAGGUCAACAUUAUUCCAGUUAUUGCCAAGGCAGACACUAUCUCUAAGAGUGAACUCCACAAGUUCAAGAUCAAAAUCAUGAGUGAGCUGGUCAGCAACGGUGUCCAGAUCUACCAGUUCCCCACUGAUGAUGAGACGGUCGCUAAGAUCAACACUUCCAUGAAUGGUCACCUCCCCUUUGCUGUGGUGGGCAGCACAGAGGAAGUGAAAAUUGGGAACAAAAUGGUGAAAGCGCGGCAGUACCCUUGGGGCGUGGUGCAAGUGGAGAAUGAGAAUCACUGCGACUUUGUGAAGCUGAGGGAGAUGUUGAUUUGUGUGAACAUGGAGGACCUACGGGAACAGACGCACACUCGGCACUAUGAGCUUUAUCGCCGCUGCAAACUGGAGGAGAUGGGCUUCAAAGACACCGACCCUGAGAGCAAGCCAGUCAGCCUGCAGGAGACCUACGAGGCCAAGCGGCAGGAGUUUCUGGGCGACCUGCAGAAGAGGGAGGAAGAAAUGAGGCAGAUGUUUGUUCAGCGGGUGAAGGAGAAGGAGGCCGAGCUGAAGGAUGCUGAGAGGGAGUUGCAGGGCAGGUUUGAGCAGCUGAAGAGGCUGCACCACGACGAGAAGAGCAAGCUGGACGAGAAGAGGAGGGUGCUGGAGGACGAGAUGGGCACCUUCGGCAAGAAGAAGGCAGCCACCGAGCUGCUUCAGGCCCAGUCUUUCAACACUAACGCCAACUUCAAAAAAGACAAGGACCGCAAGAAUUCUGGCUUCAUGUGAAGAAGUGUAAUCGACAAGGACCUCUGCACUCUGGUGGAGACCAAUGAAUUCCUGAUUUUUUUACCUUUUAUCACUCUUCUCUAUGCUGUCUUGCUAUUCAUGUCUGCUGCCUGGGCAGUCUUGUGCCAAGCUAUUUAUGUACAUAUUUACCAUCCUGUAUUUUAUACACUACACUGCUGUUGUGCUCUGUUACUUUUUAAACCCAAUACCCCUGUGUCACAUUCUUGUUCUUUUGAGAUGUUCUGUUAAGUCAAAUGUGUGAUGCUUUUCUGUUUUAAUAAGAUUAGAAUCAUUGUAUGUGUUAUGCAGACAUAUAACUAUUGUCCUACGUCUUAUUCAUGCAUAAAUGGAUCAUGUACCUUUUUUUAAAACUGAUCUGUUAAAAAAGAAAUCAGGUCUUUAUUUACAGAGUAUGGAAGCCAUCAUUGGUUAAGAGAACAGCCAUCAUUGGGGGUCCACUACAUUGUGGGCAGGAUACCCAGUCCUGCCAUUCUGGAGAGAGGUUAUUAAAAAUGAAGCUUAUUAACUACACUAUGCAAUUUUCGAUAUGAAACUACAUACUUACUCUCACAUACUGCCUUGAAGCUACUGUGUGCCUUAUGUUUAUGUGUUUGUAUUUGGAAGUACUUAUUGGCAGCUGCUACUAAAAGGGAGAUCUAUUGGAUGAGAAGCAUUUUUGUUCAGCAAGUUGCAUGUAUUUUGGUGUGGAUGGCCAGACCUAUACCACUGUACUUGGUGUUUCUAAAGAGGGAUGUUUUUUUACAGACUCUACUAAUGCACCAAAGAUUCACCAAUCCUUUUAUAAACUCAUGUUUUGGUACUCUCACGCAAAGUAAUGUAAUUAUGGAAGCAGCCAUGUUGGUGAGAUAUUGUGUAUUAGAAAAAAAUAAAAUUUCAAAUUUCUCAAAAGGCACUUAAA